GUCUGGAUUUCCUCCGAAGAACCCCAACAUAAUUUGAAAGCAACAAAAUUAUAUUUUUUUUUCGAUCUUUAAUGCCCUCUGAUACACACGGGACGCGUGCGUCCAUUGUAGCUGGAAAUAUUUGCGCCCGUAGAUUCUCUGCAUCAGUUAAUGAAAUCAAGAAACAUGUAUUGGCUAAGACGUUAUCAAUCACUUGAAGUGCCUCAGCGUUCGCAUCGGUUGGCUGCUUCAUAUAGCGGUGGGCCGUGCACCUGUCGACACAGUCCGCCUUCACAGCUCGACAAUGCGCGUUCUUUUCAAAGUGCUUGUAGGUGUAGUUGCCGCAAUGGUGGUCGCGGGAAUAGUCGUCUACUUCACAAACAAGCAGGCUCCCGACCAAGCCCUCACCACCACGCCGGGCCCUGCCACUGCCUCCACGCCAUCUCCAGUCACGAUACCAGCCGCUAACACGACCCCCUUCCCCUCCACGCAGGGCCCUGUGGUUCGGGUGCGGCAGGGGCUUCUCGAAGGGCUCAACAAACGGACUCGCGGGAACAGCGGCGUGGAAUACGCAGCCUUCUGGGGUGUGCCCUUUGCCCAACCUCCGGAGGGUCCCUUGAGAUUCAAGGCUCCGAGACCCCAUCCGGGGUGGACAGGUGUCCGACCAGCCAAGAAGCCAGGAGCCAAGUGCCCCCAGGGCCAGAACGGCGAGGUGGAAGGGAGCGAGGACUGCCUCUUUCUGAACGUGUUCACCACAAACCUGGAUGGGGCGGUGAAGCAGCCCGUGUACGUGUUCAUCCACGGAGGCGGGUUUCUCUUUGGCUCGCCCGACAUUGCGUUAUUCGGGCCCGACUACCUGCUGCCGCACGGCGUCGUCCUGGUCACCGUGCAGUACAGAGUCCACGCACUCGGUUUCCUGAGCCUCGACACGGAGGAGAUUCCCGGAAACUGCGCGGUCAAGGACACCGUGGCGGCCCUGCAGUGGGUCCACAACAACAUCGCGGCGUUCGGCGGCGACCCCGGCAGGGUGACGGUCGGGGGGCAGUCGGCUGGCGGAGGAAUGGCGGGCUGGCUCGCCGUGCUGCCGGAGUUGACUGGCAUCGUCCACGGCGCCACGCUCAUGAGCGGCUCUGGAUUUCACAGCUGGGACUACAAGGAGUCCCACGUCGAGACGGCCCUCAAGGUGGUGUCCGGCCUGGCCGGCCAGCCCGUCACCGACCUCAAGUUGGCCGAGCAGUACUUGAUGAACGCCACCAUCGAGGAGCUGCACGCGCACGCCGUCGUCGUGGUCAACGGGGAGAUGCUGUCACAGCCAGAGCUCCCCUUCGUCCCUACUCCCGAGAGGCGUACGCCAGUGCCCGGCGGAGAACCACUGCUCAUCACAAGGGACUCAGAGAGCUACUUCCUCAAGCCGGCAAGGCCGGCCAUCCCCCAGUUGAUUAGCAACACCAACGCGGAGUGGCGGACCUACUACUACACCAACAACCCACGAUCAGAUCCUCAAGUUGACGAGGAAAUGGUGGAAAACUUAUCCCGCCACGUUCCCAAGAACCUUCUUCCUUUCCGAGACACGCGGAACAUUCUGGGCCUGCCGGAGCUGCAUGUCGACUACAACACUGUUCUCGAGGAAGUGAGGCAAGGCAUACGUGCCGCCGUGACCUCCAGCUGCGAUCUCGGAUGCACUCUGAAAACGUACUUCGACGGCGUCUGGCAACUGACGGAUUCGCAUCGUCUGGCGAUGUUCAGGGCCAAGGAAAACAAGGCGGACACUUUCCUAUUUAAAUUCAGUGUGAGGACGGAGGUGAACCAGCCUGCGCCCAGCCGCAACGACGGGGAGGACGUGGCGAUACACACGGACGACCUGGGCUACGUCUUCGCCAGACUGUGGGACACGAACCUGAGCCCGGAGGCGGACCUCGCUGUAAGGAGAAUGUCAACCAUGUGGACCAACUUCAUCAAGUUCGGCAAACCCAUCGUACAAACCGACGAACUCCUGCCCGUGGAUUGGCCACCCAACACAUCUUCCGACGACGCCGUCACCUACCUCGAGCUGAAGACAAACGGAUUCAGCCUUCACGAAGCAGACAGCUUCAGCGGUCCGAUGAGCCAAUUCUGGCAUGACCUGUACCGGAAAUACCGAUCGACGAGUCCAGCACCCCCUGUAGCUUGAGUGCGCGCAUUUUGAACGUUGUGCUUUGCUCUCUCCACACUGAGAUUCCAAACAGGUCUAUAGCACGUAAGGUGCAAUGCAUCUGAGAUAUCGCACCAUACCAUACCUCAGCCGUAUUGCACCUCACGUGCAAUGCAUCCCGAAAAGGCCCUAUGCUAAUGCAUGUGAAUGGGAAGGCAUUGCACUUUAUGUGCAAUGCUUUUGUAUUGCACCAAUUGACGCUAUAUUCAUAGCGUUUGGAUUCUUAGUGUCGCUCCCUUUUGCGGGGUUCCGAAAGGAAGGAAGCUACUACGUUUUAUUUUCCAUUCGUUGAUUGUAGAUCUGGCGCUUCUUUUUAUUUCAAAUUUAUAUUUACUGAAAUAAGAUUGCUGGUGCCUUCCUCGGCUAGUAUUAAUUGUAGAAAGCCAAAAUCUCCGACAGCAUGUGAAAUUCCUCCUACAGCACAAAACCUCGGAAUAAAUAUCACGUGUCUCAAUGAACAUCAGAUCCCAUCCAGUACACGGCAAAAGUACCGCCUGGGAUUCCCAGGCGGUGCCUGGAAAAUAGGCCCUUUUCCUUUUGAUGCGCCUGGGAAUCCCAGUCGGUACUUUUGCCGUGUAGCUUAUCUAUGUAUUUCCAAUGUCAAAAGUAUUUUCAGCACAAUAUCUAUCGCGUGGGAUGAAAUGGGGGAUGCUCUGAAGACUGAAACUAUCAAUAAGAUAACAAAUUGUAUUCUCCUGAUCAAUUAUUGUACCAAUGUCAUAACUGUACCGUAUCAACUUUUUCCCAAGUAUAUGGCUCAAUUAAAUGAAUAAGCCUCUGGUAUGAGAACGUU